AUGGACUCCAUAGAGCGCAUACACGCUGCUUCACGCUUUCUCCUACAGUCACCUCCAGGGGAAAUUAACGACGUGCUCAAUGAUGUCCGGAACAUCAUCUCGGACGAUGAUUCACUACAGGAGGGCGUGCUUCCUGCUCUGCGAGAGUACAACCUUGCUCAGUUUAUGACAGUAGACGUGCCUGGUCAUCAGCAUCAGUCAAUUGUGAGCGAAGCAGCCAGGCUUCCAAAGGCAGAGGAAGAUAAUGCGGAGGAUAGAUUCUGGGAUCCUCGCUCAAGAACGAGUUUCCAGUUCGACCAUUUGAGUCUCGAAGCAUCAGAUCCACAGCCUACUGAUCCGGACGCGGAAUCGGAGCCCUUCCGAGCAGCGCUAGAGAGCGCAUCACUUAAAUAUCUGGCCGCGCAUUUCCAUGACGGUGUUGCGUCAGUAUUCCCAACGCCAGGAUCUUCGACGCGUUUUGCAGUGCAGAUUGUGGCCAACAAAUAUAAUCCCGCAAAUUUCUGGUCCGGUAGAUGGCGCUCGGAAUACCUGGUCGAUCUGGAGGAGAGGCUGUUGCAAGGAAAGAUCCUCGUGAAUGUACAUUACUACGAACAAGGCAAUGUACAACUAUCCACCACUCAUUCCAUCACACUUGCCCUACCUCCGACAAUCACGCCCUUAUCAGCACAAUCGUCUGCGUCGAAAUUGUUCGCGCUCAUCGAGGCAGAAGAAGGGAAAUACCAGACCUCUCUAAGUGAUGCAUACACCGAGAUGAGUGAGAAGACUUUCAAAGGCUUACGACGCGCGUUGCCCAUGACGCGCUCAAAACUGGAUUGGGAUAAGGUCUUGGGCUACAAACUCGGGGCAGAGUUGACGUCGAGCAGGGGCGGAUUUGGGGCAUCUUAG